AUGGGUAACUGUGAGGGCUCCAUGAAUGCUGAAAGGGAGCCGCUUGGCACAGUGGGCAGGUUCACCAUCACUCCUCAGCGUCACUACCCCCUGCAGCAGCCGGGUUUCUCAUCAGUGGGAGUCCUCCCUCCUGUCAAGUGGGAUGGCUUCAGGAAGAAAAAUAUCCUCAGCCCUCGUAACUCACCGGCUGUCCUCAGCCCCGUCACUGUGAAGAUUGCCAGGCCCGACCACCACAGCUCCCCCAGUUUCGACCAUCUGAGUUGUGCGGGGCUCCCCAGAGCCCCCGUGGACCCCUGCUCCAGAGAGAGUGUCCUCAAGGUGUUGAAGGAAAGCCGCAAGAGAGAGGUGGAGGAUGAGGACAGGAGCUUCACAACUGAACAGAAAAGCAAAAGAAGGUACAAGAGAAGACUCUGUUGCUCACGUGCUCCUCCACUGGCACUGAUUACCUUCUUACCGUAUGAUGAACUGUCUGCAUCAACCACACCGGUUCAACCCAGUGGCUUAACCCUGAAUGUUUCGAACCCAGUGGUUCCACCACAGCUCCCUCCUGCCUCCCAGUCUCAGUCCUCCUCUGCUGGUGUGGAGCAGCCUUCUGCCUUCACUCAGGUGCUGAGUCAGGUGUCCAAGGCUUCCAGCAACCCUCUGCCUACAGCAGGACCAACCCUGUUUGGAUUGACGAGUCAGAUCAGCACCCCCACUGCUUCUUCAGCCUCUAACCCAGUCACUACUGCUGUGACUACCCCGGCCAGCAGCUCAGAGUCGGUCAGUAACGUCAACCCUCUGCUGGCUUCAGGGUUCAAGCCCAUUUUUUCCGUCACCACCACCUCAUCGGCUACAUCAGCAUCAGAGAGCAAACCUCCUGUCCAAAAUUUCAAGCCCAUCUUUGGAGCUGCCACUGCAGCUGCUGGCUUUGGACAGCCUCCGCCCUACACGGCUGCCAACCCCGACUCUACAGUUUCCUCAAGUACUACAUCUUCAAUGUUUGGUGGAUCAGCAAGCAGCACCACCGUUACCCCAUCUGUUUUUCCCGGCAUGACCACCACUGGUACAGCUUCCACUGGUUCCAUCACAGCCACACAGUCUGCAGCUGAGCCAGCCGUCAAAUCCCUCUUUGGAAACUGGUCAGCACCAUCCACAACAAGUACCAGCUCAGCCACAGCGCAGGCCCCCAGUACAGGGAGCACAUUUCAGUUUGGAACUGCUACCACCACUACUGCAGCUGCCCCCGCUGCUGCAACCACAACCUCCAGCAACAGCAACUUCACGUUUGGUGCCACACAGCCAGACCCUCAAGCAGCCAACCAGAAGGUAUUCGCCUUUGGUCAGGCAGCACCCAACCAGAACACAACCACUGCUUCAUUUGGAGGCUUUGCCAUGGCCAACACAGCCUCCACCGCUGCUGCCGCCACCACCCAGUCCACCUUUACCUUUGGAAAGUCAUCAUUUCAAGCACCAGCGGCACAGUCAGCCUUUGGCUCCUCUUCGGCACCGGCAGCACAGACAACCUUUGGCUCCUCAGCGGCACCGGCGACGCAGCCGACAUUUGGCUCCUCAGCGGCACCGGCAGCACAGACAACCUUUGGCUCCUCAGCGGCACCGGCAGCACAGACAACCUUUGGCUCCUCAGCGGCACCGGCAGUACAGACAACCUUUGGCUCCUCUUCAGCACCGGCAGUACAGACAACCUUUGGUUCCUCAGUGGCACCGGCAACGCAGCCGACGUUUGGCUCCUCUUCGGCAACAGCGGCAACGGCGACCUUUGGAGCCUCAGCAGCACCACCAAAACCAUUCACCUUUGGAAGCAGCGGGGGAGCAUCAUCUACACCUGCCUCUAACACUGCCCCAACCCCUUUCGCCUUUGGUUCAGCUGCUGUCACCACAGCAACCACUUUUGGGACCCCAGCUAAACCGGCAUUCGGAGCCAGCUCCACUGGUUUUGCUUUCGGUGGCACCACCGCUCCCUCAGCUGCACCACCAACCUUUGGUGCAGCAACCCAGACUCAGAGCUCCUCCUCAGCCACCUUCACAUUUGGCGGUGCUGCUCCUCAGCCAGCUCCUGCCGGCCCUUCUCAGUCAGCACCCGGUGGAUUUAACUUUGGUGCUGGUAUGCCAUGCCCCCAGUUUGGAACACCAGUCUCCAAUAAUCCUGCACCACAGAUGGGAAGCUUCAACUUUGGGGCUGCUGCUACUGACAAACCAGCUUUCGGGACGUCGACCCCAUCAUUCGGCCAGGGUGCUGCUACAGGUCCAAAUCCCUUUGGAAGUCCUGCAACUCCAGUCCAAGGCUUCAACUCUGUUCCCUUUGGUGGGUCAUUAUGCCGUUUUUAAAAGGCAAUGAUGAGUAGUAGCAGUUAGAUGAAGAGCUGCAGACUCCCAACGACCCACUUAAGAUGUCCUUGGCUGUAUGAUUUCUUAAGUUGCAAAAACACCCUGUGUUUUUUCACUGGAGGGGAGGCGGAAAAAAAAAAGCUUUUCACAUCAGCGGCGUGUCAAGGGACUAUAUUCAACUUAUCUCGCAUUGUAACAUGCAUUAUGACAACGUAAUAAGGUUUAUGUUUGUUUAUAAAUGAAGUGAAGGCACCUACAAGUGUUUUUAGUUUGUCUCAGAGGCUUCAGAGGGACUCCGCAGCUCCGCUCCGCUCAGCUGUCUGCUGCUGCUGCGAGAGAUCAAAUUUUAUUGGGGGCGGGGAAAAGUGCGAGGGAGUCAGC